GGCGGGGCGGGGCGCGCCCACCGCUAUAAGGCUCAGGCAGCCGCCGAGCGCGAUGGAAUUUUACCGCCGCCGCCGCCACAUUUACCGACUUCCCCGUCGCCAGGAUGCCGCCCUAUACCAUCGUCUACUUCCCGGUUCAAGGGCGCUGCGAAGCCAUGCGCAUGCUGCUGGCCGACCAGGACCAGAGCUGGAAGGAGGAGGUGGUAGCCAUGCAGAGCUGGCUGCAGGGCCCACUCAAGGCCUCCUGUCUGUACGGGCAGCUCCCCAAGUUCCAGGACGGAGACCUCACGCUGUACCAGUCCAAUGCCAUCCUGCGACACCUGGGCCGCACCCUGGGCCUGUAUGGGAAGGACCAGCGGGAGGCAGCCCUGGUGGACAUGGUGAAUGACGGCGUAGAGGACCUUCGCUGCAAAUACGUCUCCCUCAUUUACACCAACUACGAGGCGGGCAAGGAGGACUAUGUAAAGGCACUGCCCCAGCACCUGAAGCCUUUCGAGACCCUGCUGUCUCAGAACAAGGGUGGCCAGGCCUUCAUUGUGGGUGACCAGAUCUCCUUUGCGGACUACAACCUGCUGGACCUGCUUCGGAUUCACCAGGUCCUGGCCCCCAGCUGUCUGGACUCCUUCCCCCUGCUCUCGGCCUACGUGGCCCGCCUCAACUCCCGGCCCAAGCUCAAGGCCUUCCUGGCCUCCCCAGAGCACGUGAACCGGCCCAUCAAUGGCAACGGGAAACAGUGAGGGCUUGCGGCACUCUCCCCCGAGGCAGGGGGCUGCCUGCUUCCCUUUCCCCAGGACCAAUAAAACUUCCAACAGAGAA